CAUCGCUGUAGUGUUUUUGUGAGCAACGAAGAGGCAGCCAUUUGAUUGAGGCGUCAAAGCAUCGCUGCUGAUGUGUGGUUCGGUGCCUGCUGAGCUGUGGCGCAGCGUUGUGCUGCCGUGCCUUCCCGUCUGUGAGCUUGUUGCCGCUCGAGCCACCGACAGAUCACACGCAGCGGUGAUCACGGCUGAGUUGCUUCUGCAGCGCAUCGACGCCCUCCUCAGCCGCCAUGGACUCACUGGCCUUAUCGACAUCGACCGCACCACGCCCUCUCUCAAUCAGCCCGGAGGCCUUAUCGGCAUGAUUCUUGGCCUGCUGAGGACAUGCACGGCUCAGCUGGCCGGCCGACGGCUGACGCGCUUCGGCUACUUGGUGCGAUGCCUUUAUGUGCUGGAGCAGGGGGGCAGUGAGUGGCGUGUGAUGGGCAUGGUUGUCCGGCUGGCCGCCAUUUAUUGGCUGACGCCCAACGGGCUGCCCUUGACCAUGUGGGUGGCUCACCUGCACAGCAAGUCGGCCUUUGAUUCGGUGCCACUUGCCAUGGCCAUCUAUCGGCUGAUCGGACACCAACUGACAUACAGAGGACAGCGCCUGGCGCUGCGGCGAGCCGCCAACGGAGAGUAUCGGAUCGGCGAUUGGUCGUUUCGGGUGGUGCCGUUGGGCGAGCUGCCGGCCGACCAUCCCUACCGCAGCACAUACAAGGAGAGCGACCCCGUCGUCCGGGACGACAGCUGGCUCCUCCGGUCCUCCACGGCAUUCCUCACGUGGAUGGUUCUGACAUGGUGGCCUGGUCAUGAGGGAGUGGACUACAAGGUCGUGUCGUGGGGAUUCAUUGGCCGUGACGACCCCCGCUAUCAGAGGCUGCUGACAGCUGGCGACAUCCCGGAGGAGCUGGGCAUCACAGCCGACAACCGGACUGACGACGGGGACUUGAGUCGAGCGGAUCCGAUUGACUGUCGUUAUGUGAUUGUGAGCGGCUUCCGGCCGACCGACACAGUCGCUGCCUUUGUGCGGGUGGGGUGUGGGGGCGUCGGCCUGUUAACGACCGAGCCGGCUGCUGCUGGUGCGUCUGCCUCCCUCGAUGAGAUUUUCCCGGUGUCGAUGCCCCGGUGGCGCAGUGUGCUGAAGCGCUUCGACCUGCAGAGUGACGUCAUCGACAGAGGCCAUGUGAUGGUGUGACCGGUCCGACUGAUGGCUGCGAGGCUCGCUCAGAACCGUAAGGACAUUCUACACGUGUGAUUGUGAUAAUAUUUCAGCACUGCCUGCCUUGCCUGUUGAAGUGUGUUGUACUCGGACUGACGACUCUUCAGCCAUCAAGCGAGCCAUCAUGACUGUCUAUGGAUCAAUGUCCUGCGAUGCGUGCGACCGAUGCUGG